AUGGAGAGUAGCAACAUUUUGAAGCCAGAGUUCUACUAAAGUAUCUAAUAAAAUUGCUAAUUGUGGUAGCAAGAUGCCUUGGACACUUAUGAUGAUUUAGACAACAUUGAGAUUAUUUAAAAGGCAGAGGGAAACUUGAAGAUUCUGUUUGACGAAUAUGUGAUUAAAAUGUCAGUCAAAGCAUUGGCUAAUCACAUUAUUAACAAUCACAAACCCCUUCUCCAGCAAAUUCUAAAUCACUCCAAAGUCAAGGCCUAAGUAUAGCCACAGUAAGUGCCAGUCCAACAGCCAUAACAGUAGUAAUAAUUGCCUCCAUAGCAACAACAAAUCCCCCCUAAAAUGCAAAUCUAACAAAAUCAAUAGCUUCCUCACCAUAGUAGAGGUAAGAGCGCCAUCAAUGAAAAUCAAGUUCCUUAGAAAUAACUGCAUAUCAAUGACUAAUUAGACAAAAUUAUCAAUAGCAAAGAGCCUGUCAAUAUAAAUGUCAAGAUAUAAAAUAAUAUUGGAGCUCCCCAAAAUAAUGAGAAGUCACCCAUCUCUAAGGACUAAAUUUCCCCUAAUUAAUAGGUUGAUUAAAAUAAAAGCAAUCCAAAUAUGGCAGCUGCCUAGAAGAACCAAUGGAAUUUCAGAAAUUAGGCAUAGAAUAUGCCUGCUCCAUUUUAGUAAGAUGAAGAAUUGAAAAACGAGGGUAUACCUCAAGCAAAUUAAAAACCAAAAUCUAAAAGAAAUAAAUCUCAAAUUAAAGGAUCUGUAUCAUAGAAUAUUGCUCCUGAUUAAGAUGAUUAAUUAGCUUCAGCAGCAGUUAUUCAAAUUAAUAUUUACAAAGAUAUGGAGGCCAAUUUAUUAAGGGGUAUAGUUAAGGCUAAAAAUAAGGUAUUUACUAUAACUGACUAAGGCUGUCUAUUGGUACUCUCUGAAGACUUGCUGAGUAUUAUAAAGUCUAUCAAACUUGCUCAUGAUCUCCCGAGAUGCAUUGUAGGCUAUGAUAACCUCAUACUAAUUGGUGAGGAAAAGUUCAUUGAAGUCUUUAAUGCUGAUACACUAGAUAAAGUUACUGACAUCCCUACAAAUCAGAGAGUAUUUAAGAUAUUUGUGAGAUUCACCAAGAUCUUCACAGCUUAAGAUACUGGAGUUAUCUAGAUCUUUAAUUCUAAGACUUUUGCGCUUGAAUAUACUUUCUAGUUUCCAAAGAAGAACGGAAAGCCAUGCCACAUUCAUGACUUGAACAUAGUCUCAAGUUAAAUUGAUAAUAAAAUUCCAGAGUUUGCUAUAGCUACCACUGAAGGAUUAUACUUCAUUCAAUUAUCUAAAGUAGACAUCUCACAUAACUCUUUUGAGAUGAUUGAAAUUCCUAAUGAAUUUUACUUGACUGGACAAAUAGUUAAGAGUGUAGUCGAAGGCUAAGCUUAGUAACUUAUUGCUUCUGUCGUUGGAAGACUGUAUCUGAUUGAUAGAAAGUAAAACCAAGUUAGUUCUGUUGACCCAACUAAGACAUCAAUCAUUAAUGUAGGUCAAAAAGUUGCUGGAUUUAGCUUGACUAAAAGACCUUAUGUUAUUUUUAAAACAUCAAAUGAGUUGAUCAUUAUGAAUGUCAAUGAUUAUAAAUUGACAUAUCUUAGCAGCUCUAAAUUCUAAGAUUUGAGAGGAAUAACUCAGUUCUUCACAAUCGAGGAGAAUUCCUAAUUCAAACUCUAUGACUUAAGCUUCAUCAAAGGCUAGAAGAGAUGUAUAAAGGAACUUAUUCUUGAUUUCACCAAAUUAGAAGCAUGA